AUGGACAACGAAAUCCGACCGGCCUGGCAGUCCCCAACUGUUGCUCCCAACUCUCCUGUUACUGAUCGAGAAAGUUGGAAGACCGCCCCAGGCUCACCGAGAGAAGACUUCAGAUUCAACAUUGACGCUGUUACUGAGGAAUGCAGAACACAUUUCAGUGAUGUUGAGAAGUCGAGUAGAGAGCCAUACGUACCGAGGCGGGAUUACAACGAAAAGUUUGACCAUGCCGGACAUGAUCCAGAUAUCGACGGCAUCGACUGGAGACCUGGCUUCAAAAACCAGUUUCCAUGGAUCGGCUUUGCGGGACUCGUGGUCAUCUUCGUGGCAACUGCUACGGCUGUCAUCAUUCUGGUCUCUUCCCACAAGAAGCGAGUCAAGGACUGGCCAUUUACGAGCUUCUACGCGAUUGUUACUUCCGGUCGAUACUUCAACCUGGUGGCCCUCGCCGCACUUAUGACCAAAUUCGCUGUUGUCGAUAGUACCCUCUUCCAGAAAGCUACGAGGACGAUUGUAACUCAGCAAAAGGAGUACGCCAAUUCCACCAUGACUGGAUGGGUUGAGAGAGACUGGCCGAAGAAAUUAGGAGGUCUUCCCGCACGAGAUGGCACCACCAGACUGAAUCUUGCUUCAUGGGCCAGCGUUCUGGAUGCGUACAACGGCAAGCUCGCCAACGGGAAGGUGCAUGACGGUCUCAACGAUACUGCGUCUUUCUUCGAAUGUCCAUAUCGCCAGGAAUGCAGUGGUGCCGUUGAAGGUCUAGGGUUUGCGUUCAAUUGCACAAGCGAUUACCAACAGGUUGACUAUGGAUUAGAAGAAGCGGGAUCCUAUCCGCUAUGGCAUGUCAAUUUCAACCCACAAUGGGCAACCGAAACGAAAUCAUACGCCAGCAUCAAUCUCGAGAUGUUAUAUGUUGAUAGCCGAAUCGGGAAAGACGACUCGUGCCCGGGUCGUAAGACUACACGCACGUGCGAGAUCGUGCCUGCAGUCGUUCAGUAUCCAGUUACUGUCAUGGUACCAAGCAAAGAAGAACUUGAUGGCAAGAACAUCGUCACACACAUCAAGUUCUUCAACGCCGAUGCUCCACGGCCCAUCGGAGCUAAUCUCAACGGGAUCAGACAAAUUGAUGGACUGAAAGUUUUAAAGACCGUCAGUCUCGACGAAAGAAUCGAGGGCUCUUCCACAGUCGGGAGUCUGGCCUAUAUCAUGAAUAACCUCUAUGGGUCUUCGGUGAACCUCACUUAUGACAAUGGCUGGGAUCUUAGUUCUCAAGGUGCUUCCACGCAGACUACAUUUUACUCAGACAACGAUGAAGUAAUGAAGGACGCCUGCUGGUUCAACAUCAACAAGCCUGGUCGGGAUGAUCCUACCAUCGAGAUGCUGCGCAAGCUUAACACACUGAGCUUUGUGACUGCGUUGUACAUCAAAGGCGCCCCUACAACCGAUAGAGACAAACGCAAAGCCCUCGGCAUGGCCAGCCAAAACAUCACCACAUCAAUCACCGGCAUCGUAGAAGAAUACCUCACCUCCUCCGCCUACGUCUACGGCGCCCUCGCAGCAACCUUCAUCACAGUCAUACUCGUCCUACCCGUUUACUGGGGUUUCUGGCAACUCGGUCGCAAAGUCACUUUAGGUCCACUAGAGAUCUCACAAGCCUUCGGUGCGCCCAUCAUCGCGCCUGACAAAAUGAAAGCAUAUCAUGGCGACUUUGAUCAGGUGCUUGAAGAUGUUGGGGAUAGGAGAGUACAGUAUGGACAACUCAAGAAUGCACCGCCGGGGCAGAUGGGGCUUGCGGAGCCGGAGAGGGUAGUGGUGCCUAAGGCUUGUCAUCGGUGGCGGGUGAGUGGGCAGAGGGAGAAUAGGAGGAUUGGGCUUGGUGCUGUCUUUGGGGGUGCGGUUGCUGCUACUAUGUCGGGGAAUGCGAGGGAUUGA